AUGACAUCUGGGACAGGAGAGCAGCCCCCAGACCAGUGGUGCCAAAUUCAAGACCAGCUCUACAUCGUCAAAAAAAACAACGCCAAAAGUGCCACCGAGAAGAAAGCAGCCAACGCGGAGAACAAAAAGAUACCCGCAGUCUUGGACGGCGCGGGCGGUGGGGCGGACGAGGGGAAGGCGAAAGACGACGAAGAAGAGGGUUCUCCGGUCGAGUCCGCGGCCGCGGUGAGGUGGGUGGCCUCCCAGACGGCCGCGUGGGAAGCUGAGCAAAGAGCCAACGGGGACGUAGCGUCGACGCCGGCGCCAGACACUCGAGCAGCGAAGCUUGAAGCGAAGAUUGGUGCCUUGGGGCCUGAACCCGCGGCGGAUUCGGCUGAUCGCCCCAAUUGGAUGGCGAACGAGCGGCGUUGACCAUGGCGGCUGAAAACCACCCCAGCAUUAAGCAGGAGAAGGGGGAAGAGGAGGGGGAAGCACCAGAGGACGCCGAAGACGACGAUAAGUUGACGAGGCCAUCAGGACGGGUUCACAGUUACAGCCUUGUAUUCGCGUUGUUUGGCCGUCCCGCGGGCAAGCAUGAGGACGUUGACCUUAAGGUGGCCAUGUCUACCGGCCCCGGGAAGCAGGGGCGUCGCGCCCAAUCUGCGUCGGCGACUCCCUCUAGGACGUCGGACGAGGAUACAAGCGACACCAGCAACGGCCCCUUAGGCAAGCGUGGUCUUCAGACGAUGGAUGGGGCCGGGGGCAUCUGUGGUUUCGCCAGCCGGGAAAAAUUAAAAACGAGGUGCAUGCUCAGAAUUCGAAGGCGAAGAAGGAGAAGGAAAUGCAGGACUGGAGACGCAAGUUGGUGGAGUUCGCAACAGCCCCCCAACCGGAUUCCAAGUCCGCAAGAGAGCUAUGUGCGAGCGUGGCGGUGCUCACCAAGGCGGUCGUGGCCAAAGGGCGUCUCGACGAGGAGGAGGCGGUGGGUCAGCGUCACAAGCGGACGAUAGAUGGGAAGGAGAGGAAGCUCAAGUUGUGGGAGAAGCGGGGCAAGGAAGGGACAGAGGAUUAUUUUGCGCUUGAGGCCGAGCUUGAAUAUCUGUAUUAUAACCCGCCCUGUGCGGCUGUCGAGUCGCUUCCCCCCGUUGACCUCGCUAGCGCCGCAGCCC